AUGAAGGCAUACUCAUUAUUCACCCCAUCAAUUACCUUCUUCAUGAUCCUCAUCCUCCUCAUAAUGACCACCAAAUCCCAAAACCUAAUUGACUCGACGUGCCGAGCCUCGUCUCGAAACGACCCGAACAUCGACUACGAUUUCUGCAAAACUGUACUGCAAUCGUCCCCCGCCACACGGUCGUGUUCCACCCUGAACGGUCUCGGCAAAAUCCUCAUCACGCUCGUUCUCAACAACCUAACCGACACGCGUUCUUACAUCGAACGCAUUACGAAAGACACACGUUCUUACAUCGAACCAUACGUUAGGCAAUGUUUGGACGAUUGUCUCGAGCUUUAUUCGGACGGGAUCGCUUACGCUGAUCAAGCUACGAGUUAUUACGACGCGUCGGAAUUUGAGGAUGCCAACGUGGCAAUGAGUUCGAUCAUCGAUGAUGUCACGACUUGCGAGGACGGGUUUGAGGAGAGAGAGGGCUCGGUUUCUCCUUUGAACGAGAGAAAUAGCGACGAGUCUAGGCUUUCGACUCUUGCGCUUUCGGUUAUGAGUUUGGUUCGGAUAGGUGUCCCUCUUCAAUUCGAACUGUCCAUCACCUACGCGCAAACCAACAAAUUUCACCGCAUCGACCUCCGGCAAAUUUCCCGUUCAAUUUUCCGUGGAGAUCCUGAUCUGCACGUCGUAAAACAGCUGCAUCGGAUCCGAGUUUGA